AUGGCGCAGCGUGGAGUUUGUGAAGAUGGAAAAGCAAAUACAGCGAGACCGAGACAUUCUAAGGUAUGGGAGCAUUUCAGCCUAAAUAAACAGAAGAAACGAGCUGAAUGCAGACACUGCAAAACAGAAUUGUCAUUCCACGGCAGCACUACAGUGAUGCACGAGCACCUCAAACGCAAGCACCCUGCAGCCAUGAUUGCCAGCGCUACUCCAGACAGCACUAAGCAAAGGCGUGUGGAUGACUUUGUCCAGAAAAGAGGCUCAUGCACCCCUCAAAUGGCUGAGAUCUUGACAGACAGCAUACUCAACAUGUUUAUCAAUGACAUGAGACCAAUAUCCAUAGUUGGAGAUGAAGGCUUUAAGAAGAUGAUAAACACAUUCCACCCAGGUUACACCUUACCUUCCAGAACUCAUUUUACCAAGCUCAUGGAGGCAAAAUAUGAACAUACUGUGGGUAAGUUUAAAGAAUUUCUUAAGUCAACCAAGAACAAGAUUUCCCUGACAGCUGAUGCCUGGACCAGUGUUGCCACAGAGGCAUAUCUCGGCAUCACUUGUCACUUCAUAAGUGAUGAGUGGGAGCUCACUAGCUUCUGCCUCACAACAUUGCCAUUAGAAGAACGACACACUGGACCCAACAUUGCUGCAUGGAUUGAGCAGACUGUGGAACUGUUUGAGAUUCAUCCAAACAAGAUUAUGGCUGUCGUCCAUGACAAUGGCUCCAAUAUUGUGCUGGCAGCAAACAUCUUGCAGGAAAAACAUGGGUGGAUGUCUGUCCGCUGCGCAGGCCACACUUUACAGUUGGUGGUCAAUAAUGCACUGAAACACCCUCAGAUCAGUAAAGCACUGGGAGCAGCAAGGUGUCUCGUGGAGCACUUCAAACGAAGUGAACUGGCUUCAAGCAAGCUGAAAACCAAGCAAAAACAGAUGGGGACCCCAGAACACAAACUUGUCCAGGACAUUUCUACCAGGUGGAACAGCACCUAUUAUAUGAUGACUCGCCUGCUGGAACAGAGAUGGCCACUCACUGCAACUCUGUCUGACCCAGCUGUAACACAAAGAGGGAAACAAUACCUAGACCUCAAAGCUGAUCAGUGGACACUGAUAGAAGAACUGGUAAAAGCUCUUCAGGCCUUUGAAUGUGCCACUGUCUACCCGAGUGGUAAAAACUAUGUGACAGUCUCUUCCCUGCCUCCUUUGGUCAGAGGCCUUUUGAAGUCCACGCACACUGCCUAUGAUACAGCUCCAGUGCGGGCCUUCCAGACAGCUGCUUCAGAUGAGAUCAGUGCACGUUGGUCAAAAUUGGUCACUAUCACAGAUGAUGACCCAAGUAAACUGAUCAUAGCAGCUGCGCUAGAUCCACCUUUUCGAAAAAUGAAAUUCCUGGCACCAGAGGAGAGGUUUAAUUUUCAAAAUCAAGUUCAAACUCUGGCCUUACAGUGCAUGGAUGGGAGUAGUACUGUAAAGGACCUGAUCACCAAUGGGAAGGAAAAAGCCACAGCACCACCAGACAGGCAUGCUGCAGCCUCAGCUGCGAGAACUCCAAGUAGGUCUGUUUCAGCUCUCGAGUCCCUGCUAGGAUGUGACUCAACAGACAGCGACAGUGAAACCAAUGAGCAGGAUGCGCAAAAGCAACUGAUAACUAAUGAAAGAGUAGCACAAACUGGCUCUAACAAGGACAGAAAAAAGAGUGGAAGGACCCGAUCCACAAUUGUGCAAGAAGAUAUAUAUCUUAGACUGUGCAGUUUGAGACAAAAACGCCUCACAGGUGGUCAACUGACAGCUGCACUAAAUGGAACCUGUCAAACACCAGUGUCAGUAUCAACAGUGAAGAAGCGACUUCAGGAUGCUGGACUUCAUGGCAGAAUUGCCAAGAAAAAGCUAUACCUCACACAAGCCAAUAAAAAGAAAAGACUGCGAUGGGCCAAAGAGAAAAGACAUUGGACACUGGAAGAUUGA